CUGUCAAGCAGUCGUGGGACAGUAGACGACUUCUUCCUGGCUGGCCGCAAUCUAGCAUGGUGGCCGAUAGGCGCUUCUCUUUUUGCCUCCAGUAUUGGCAGUGGCCACUUCAUGGGCCUGGCUGGAAUAGGAGCGACUUCAGGGAUUGCUAUUGGGGCCUUUGAAUGGAAUGCUCCGUUUCUGCUGUGUGUUCUUGGUUGGAUAUUUUCUCCUAUUUACAUUAAGGCUGGGGUGAUGACAAUGCCAGAAUAUUUGAGGAAGAGGUUUGGUGGCUUCCGGAUCCAGUUCCUCCUUGCUAUUCUGUACUUAUUCCUCUAUAUCUUCAAUAAGAUCUCGGUGGAGAUCUGUACUGGUGCCAUGUUCAUGCGACUGGUUUUGGGGUUAGACGUCUACCUGGCCACCAUAAUCUUACUGACAAUUAUGGGCAUUUAUACCAUCACAGGUGGUUUUGCAGCUGUAGUUUAUACUGAUACCUUACAUGCUGCUGUUAUGGUUCUGGGAUCAAUCUUGUUAAUGGUCUUUGCCUUUCAGGAAGUGGGAGGAUACCAGGAGCUACUGAAUAAAUACCCACAUAGUAAGCCAGACCCAAUCCAUGAAGGAAAUUGGACUGCCAAGCCAGAGUGUUUUAUUCCUCGCCUGGAUUUUUUCCAUAUCUUCCGAGAUCCCGUCAGUGGAGAUCUCCCAUGGCCUGGAAUUGUCUUUGGCGUCUCCACCCUCUCCUUAUACUACUGGUGCGCUGAUCAGAUUUUUGUCCAGCGAUGCCUGGCAGGGAAGAACAUGUCUCAUGUGAGAGGCGGCUGCGUCCUUUGUGGGUACUUGAAGCUGCUGCCCAUGUUUAGCAUAGUGAUGCCGGGAAUGAUCAGCCGCAUCUUGUUCCCGGAUAAAGUGGCAUGUGUUGUACCUUCAGUAUGUGAGAGGUUCUGUGGCACCAGAACUGGUUGCAGCUCCAUUGCCUACCCGGUGCUGGUGGUAGAGCUGCUUCCCAAAGGCAUACGAGGCUUGAUGCUGUCUGCACUAUGGGCCUCUCUCAUGUCCUCCCUGACUUCUAUUUUCAACUGUGCCAGCACCCUGUUCACAAUGGACAUCUAUACCCAGAUUCGGCCUAUGGCCACUGAAAAGGAGCUCAUGGUAACAGGAAGGUUUUUUGUUAUAAUAUUACUUGCUGUCACCAUCCUCUGGGUCCCUAUUAUGGAAACAGAAUACAGUGAACAACUAUUUGAAUACACACAUGCAGUUAUGAGCUACUUGACCCCGCCCAUUGCUGCCAUCUUCCUGCUUGCUGUAUUUUGCAAGAGAGUCACUGAAAAGGGUGCCUUCUGGGGGCUGACCGGAGGACUUCUGAUUGGCUUCUCUCGAAUGUUGUCUGAGUUUGCCUACGGACCCUGGAGCUGUGGGGCAAACAGCAAGUGCCCCCUGAUCAUCUGUGGCAUGCACUACCUCUACUUUGCUGUAAUCCUCUUCAUAGUCAGCCUUUUCACCAUCCUGGGGAUCUCCUUAUUCACGGACCCAAUUCCCGAUAAACAUCUCCACCGGCUCUGUUGGAGUUUACGAAAUAGUCAAGAGGAAAGGGUAGAUCUGGAUGCAGAAAUACAAAGGAGGAGAUCAGCACCCCAAGCACACCCAGGUGAGAAGGAUCCAAACCCUGCAGGAGAUGCAUUUGAGGAGACCCAGGGCUGCUUCUGGAAAGCGUGGAAUGCAUUCUGUGGACUGGAGCCACAGCCUGGCCCCAAACUGGCCCCAGAAGAAGUAGCCAAGGAGAGGAUGGAGUGUGGUGCUGUGUCCACUGCCAAUGACCUCACAGACCAGCUGAAGCCGAGGCUGCCCACGGGGACUCCAUAA